AUGGCGGAUGAUAUUGUCAACACCACAGUGCCUAGCACCCAGCCCUAUGAUGUUGAAAAGGCCAAAGACGGAGCAGAUGCUCCUGAAAUGGCAGAAGUGAAAGAUCUAAGAAAAGGACUGCAGCAGCGCCACAUUCAGAUGAUCGCAUUAGCAGGCACAAUUGGAACGGGGCUUUUCCUUGGCUCCGGACGAGCGUUAGCCAAUGCCGGGCCAGCAGGUAUUGUCAUGGGAUAUACGAUAAUGGGGAUAUUGAUCUCGGGGGUAACGCUCUCCAUCGGAGAAUUGAGCGCUCUUGUUCCUCUUAGUGGAGGUGUUAUCCGACCUGCUGCUUAUUUUGUGGACCCUGCUUUCUCCUUUGCGCAAGGUUGGAACGUCACAUAUCAGUAUCUCAUCUCCAUCCCCGCUGAGAUCUCUGCGGCCGCAGUGAUCAUACAGUUCUGGGUGACUAUCAACAACGCGAUUUGGGUGACGGUUUUCAGCGCAAUUCUCUUUGCCACCAACAUUUUUCUUGUUCGCAUCUACGGAGAAGUGGAAUUCACACUUGCCAUUUUGAAAGUCUGUCUGAUUGUCGGCAUGAAUAUUAUGGGCCUUGUACUCACCGCAGGAGGCGGCCCCGAUCACCAAGUUAUUGGCUUCAAAUAUUGGCACGACCCUGGUCCUUUUGUUCAGUAUCUCGGCUUUCCAGGAGCAUUGGGCCAUUUUAUGGGAUUCUGGACUGUCUUCGCCAACGCCGCGUAUGCCUAUUCCUCGGUCGAGACAAUCUCCAUGGCCGCAGCAGAGACACAUGCGCCGAGAAGAAAUAUUCCUAGAGCCGCUAAAAGAGUCUUCGUCCGAGUCGCACUGUUCUAUAUCAUAUCUGUCUUCGUGAUUACCCUGCUCGUCCCCUCUAACGACAAAAUGCUCCUAAGAAGCACCGGAACAGCAGCCCAAUCACCAUUCCUUAUCGCCGCAAGCCGCUCAAAUGUGAAGGUAGUACCUCACAUCAUCAAUGCAAUCGUAUUGACCAGCGCAUGGAGCUCAGGAAACUCAACUCUCCUCAGCGGUUCCCGCAUUCUCUACGGCCUAGCUCGGGAAGGUCAAGCUCCGCGCUUCCUAGCCCGCACCAACCGCUGGGGCGUACCGUACAUGGGCGUCCUCGGAAUCGGAAUGUGGAUGGCCCUAGGCUACAUGUCCGUCAGCGCCACGGCCGCAACGGUGUUCACGUGGCUUCAGGAUCUAGUGGCGUGUGCACAAAUCAUGAGUUGGUUGGUUAUCUGCACUACGUAUCUACGCUUCUACUACGCCAUGAAGAAGCAGGGUAUUUCUCGAACUAGACUACCAUGGAAAGCGCCCUUGCAACCGUAUGCGGCGUGGAUGACCCUGAUUUCGCUUUCCAUUAUUCUGUUGACGGGUGGUUAUACCACUUUUAUUCAUGGGCACUGGUCAACUGAGACGUUCAUCUCUGCCUAUCUUGACAUUGGUAUUUUCGCUGCUCUCUACUUCGGAUAUAAGAUCUGGUAUCGUACCGAGAUUGUCUCUUUGGAGGAAUCGCCCGUUGCGAGGUUUGUGGAGAUUGCAGAGAACGAUCCAGAUCCGCCAGAGGGUCCCAAGUCCUGGUGGUCAAGGAUCAACAUCUUGUGGAGUUAG